CCUCGCGAGACUUGGUGGCUGCGUUCCGCGCGUACUCUCGCGAUGCUGCAGGCAGAGCUUGGCCCGACAUGGCGGAAGAGGAGGUGGCCAAGUUGGAGAAGCACUUGAUGCUUCUCCGACAAGAAUAUGUCAAGCUUCAGAAGAAACUGGCGGAGACAGAGAAGAGAUGCACUCUUCUGGCGGCACAAGCAAACAGGGAAAGUAGCAGUGGGUCGUUCAUCAGCCGCUUGCUAACCAUAGUGGCCGAGCUCUUCGAGCAGGAGCAGUACAGCCUCACAGAGUGCCGGGAUUAUAAGAGUGCAUCACCGUGCCUGACUAGAAUUGAUCUGAAGAUCAAGGUUGGGGACAGGCACAUUAGUGCUCACAAGUUUGUCUUGGCAGCCCGCAGUGACAGCUGGAGUCUGGCCAACUUGUCUUCCACUGAGGAGCUGGACUUGUCAGAUGCUAACCCUGAGGUGACCAUGACAAUGCUCCGCUGGAUCUACACGGAUGAGUUGGAGUUCAGAGAGGACGAUGUGUUCCUGACUGAAUUGAUGAAACUAGCGAAUCGGUUCCAACUACAGCUCCUUAGGGAGAGAUGUGAGAAAGGCGUGAUGUCUCUGGUAAAUGUUAGGAACUGCAUUCGCUUCUAUCAGACCGCGGAGGAACUAAAUGCCAGCACCCUGAUGAACUACUGUGCAGAAAUUAUUGCAAGUCACUGGGAUGAUCUACGAAAGGAGGACUUCAGUAGCAUGAGUGCUCAGUUGUUAUAUAAGAUGAUCAAGUCCAAGACAGAAUAUCCAUUACAUAAAGCUAUCAAAGUGGAAAGAGAAGAUGUGGUCUUCCUUUACCUGAUUGAAGUGGAUUCACAGCUCCCAGGGAAACUGAACGAAGUGGAUCAUAACGGAGAUCUUGCAUUAGAUCUAGCCCUUUCACGACGACUAGAGAGUAUUGCCACCACGCUGGUUAGUCAUAAAGCGGAUGUAGAUAUGGUAGACAAGAAUGGCUGGAGUUUGUUACAUAAAGGAAUCCAAAGAGGCGAUGUGUUCGCUUCUACUUUCCUUAUUAAGAACGGGGCCCUUGUCAAUGCCGCUACCUUGGGGGCUCAGGAGACACCAUUACACCUUGUGGCACUGUACAGUUCCAAGAAACACUCAGCAGAGGAGAUGUCUGAGAUGGCCCAGAUUGCACAGGCUCUUCUGCAGGCUGGUGCCAACUCCAACAUGCAAGACAGCAAGGGCCGGACACCGUUACACUUGUCAAUCAUGGCCAGAAAUGAAUAUGUGUUUAAUCAGCUGCUGCAGUGUAAACAGCUGGACCUAGACCUGAAAGACCAUGAUGGCAGUACAGCGCUGUGGCUGGCAGUGCAGCACAUCACGGUGACUGCAGACCAGUCAGUGAACCCAUUUGAAGACCUCCCUGUGGUGAACGGGACUUCAUUUGAUGAAAAUAGUUUUGCAGCCAGACUCAUUCAGUGCGGCAGCAACACAGAUGCGCCCGACACUGCGACAGGAAAUUGUUUACUACAGCGGGCAGCUGGAGUGGGAAAUGAGGCAGCAGCUCUUUUCCUGGCAGCCAAUGGUGCCCGUGUCAACCACAGAAACAAAUGGGGAGAAACUCCACUGCACACGGCUUGUCGGCAUGGCCUGGCCAACCUCACAGCAGAGCUGCUGCAGCAAGGUGCCAACCCAAACCUGCAGACGGAAGAGCCUGUGCCCUUCUCAAAGGAAGCCACGUCCCUGGGUGGCUCCGUGGACAGUGUCUAUCUGCAGACACCACUGCAUAUGGCAAUUGCCUAUAAUCACCCAGACGUGGUGUCGGUCAUUCUGGAGCAGAAAGCCAAUGCUCUUCAUGCUACCAACAACUUGCAAAUUAUUCCGGACUUUAGCCUCAAGGAUUCCCGAGACCAGACUGUGCUGGGCCUGGCGUUAUGGACUGGCAUGCACACGAUCGCAGCCCAGCUGCUGGGCUCUGGAGCUUCCAUCAAUGACACCAUGUCGGACGGGCAGACUCUGCUGCAUAUGGCCAUCCAGCGGCAAGACAGCAAGAGCGCGCUCUUCCUCUUGGAGCACCAGGCAGACAUAAACGUCAGGACUCAGGAUGGGGAGACAGCCCUUCAGCUGGCCAUCCGAAAUCAACUUCCGCUCGUGGUGGAUGCCAUAUGCACCCGAGGAGCUGACAUGUCGGUUUCAGAUGAGAAAGGGAAUCCGCCACUGUGGCUCGCACUGGCGAAUAAUCUAGAAGACAUCGCAUCCACUCUGGUCAGACAUGGUUGUGAUGCCACAUGCUGGGGUCCAGGACCUAGCGGGUGCCUUCAGACACUGUUGCAUAGAGCCAUUGAUGAAAACAAUGAGUCCACUGCCUGCUUUCUUAUUCGCAGUGGCUGUGAUGUAAAUAGUCCAAGACAACCAGGUGCUGAUGGAGAAGGAGAAGAAGAAGCCAGGGAUGGGCAGACUCCUUUGCAUUUGGCAGCCUCAUGGGGCCUGGAAGAAACAGUGCAAUGUCUUCUGGAAUUUGGUGCCAAUGUAAAUGCACAGGAUGCAGAAGGAAGAACGCCUGUCCACGUGGCCAUCAGCAACCAACACAGUGUCAUCAUUCAGCUGCUGAUCUCUCACCCUGAUAUCCACUUGAAUGUACGAGACAGACAGGGCCUGACCCCCUUUGCCUGCGCCAUGACUUACAAGAACAAUAAGGCAGCCGAGGCCAUCCUCAAACGCGAGUCUGGGGCUGCUGAGCAGGUGGAUAACAAGGGCCGGAAUUUUCUUCACAUAGCAGUUCAGAACUCUGACAUUGAAAGUGUCCUGUUCCUAAUCAGUGUCCAGGCUAACGUGAAUUCCAGAGUCCAGGAUGCUUCCAAGUUGACCCCUUUGCACCUUGCCGUCCAAGCAGGCUCAGAGAUUAUUGUCCGCAAUUUGCUUCUUGCAGGAGCCAAGGUGAAUGAGUUAACCAAGCACCGCCAGACCGCCCUCCACCUUGCUGCACAGCAGGACCUGCCGACCAUCUGCUCCGUCCUCCUGGAGAAUGCAGUGGAUUUUGCUGCUGUGGAUGAAAAUGGAAACAAUGCUCUUCACCUCGCGGUCAUGCAUGGUCGGCUCAACAACAUCCGGGUUCUCCUGACAGAGUGCACAGUGGAUGCCGAAGCCUUUAACCUGAGAGGCCAGUCACCGCUUCACAUUCUGGGGCAGUAUGGCCGAGAGAAUGCGGCCGCCAUCUUUGACCUUUUCCUGGAGUGCAUGCCCGAAUACCCUCUGGAUAAGCCGGACUCGGAAGGAAACACAGUGCUGCUCUUAGCAUACAUGAAAGGGAAUGCCAACCUGUGCCGUGCCAUUGUCCGAUCUGGGGCUCGCCUGGGCGUGAAUAAUAACCAAGGAGUCAACAUUUUCAACUACCAGGUUGCCACCAAGCAGCUUCUGUUUAGACUACUCGAUAUGCUGUCCAAGGAACCUCCAUGGUGUGACGGUUCCAACUGCUAUGAAUGCACUGCCAAGUUCGGAGUGACAACUCGCAAACAUCACUGUCGCCACUGCGGACGCCUUCUUUGUCAUAAAUGCUCCACCAAGGAGAUCCCCAUUAUAAAGUUUGACCUGAACAAGCCUGUGCGAGUCUGCAACAUUUGCUUUGAUGUACUGACUUUGGGUGGGGUCUCUUAGAAGUCCCCAGGAGGAUCCAGGCCACUCCCCGGUCAUCUUCCCAGCAGCUGCUCUGCUCACCAGCCCGCCCCUACCCAGAGCAGGAGCUGGCGGACAUCUUCCUGCGCCAACAGACUGGAACAAUUAAGGACCAUGGUGUGAUCUCAUUGCAAGUGAUGCUGUGUGGUUGUGAGUGUGUCAGGCUGUGAUCAGUUUCACUAGUGUCUCACUAACUGGACCAGGCCAUUUAGCCUAAGUGGUAGAUGUGAUAGGAGUUAAACCAUUCUGUUAGCAAGAAACACGGACACUUUGAAACCAUUUUCACUUCCAGUAGCUUGGUGUCCAUCUCAGAGUGUUCAUGCAGUCUUCCUGCUCGGGCUGACUCACGGGGCAGAGCCAGACAGUCGGAAGGUGGCUGCCCGAGGGGAGUUGGCUCUCCUCCAGGGUCAGUGGCUGUGGGCUUUUCUGCAGUGUUUGCAUAAACAGGAUCCUCUUGCCCUGAAGUCUUUUUUUUUUUUUUUUUUUUUAAGCUAAGCUGUGUUUUUAGUGAGCUUCCCCUUUUUAAAGGUGAAAUCUUUCUAAACAGGGUUCAAAGAUGAGAGCUGAAAAUUGUGGCCUUAACAACUGAGAGCUUUACCAGUGUUUAUGCUGCUGAGGUGUCAGGAGCGCAGGGUGGCAGCCUGACACCUCCUAGUGGCUGUCUCAUUCUCUUGUCUUGCUGCGUCCUGUCUGUGGAGUCCUCAAUUACUCUGCCACUAGAGUGGUGGAGGAAAUGCACUUUUAUUGUGCUGCACUUUUUAUAUAGCUGCGCUACUGGUGAUUUCAAUUUAAAAAUUCAUACUCAAAAAUACUCUCAUACACCUUUGCAUCAGUGAUUCUAAUUUUCAGCUUUGACUUCUGCUGAGUGUUUCUUGGCACAAGAGAUUCAUACAAGCCAACGCAUGAGAAGAGGGAUCAACAGGACUUCAACCUGAGGGGUAUCUCCAGCUUUGAGCUGGCAGGUCAUCCCCUUGAUACUCCUGCUUCUUGCGGAAAACUUCCCUGGUUACGCUCAGAGUGCUGCUGGUCCCAGUUCUAUGUAGCCUGCCCUGUCCACGAGGGCCAGCAGCCAAAGGGCCGGCUAAGAGUGCAUCUGGUUUUGGAAGGCCCUGGCUUGACUGUUGGAUGAGGCCUCCCGAACUUGCUGGUCCAUAGUCGCUGCUAGUACAUAAUAUUAACCCUGAGUAUUCCACUUUCUUUUGAAAGUUUGGCCAGUUUUCAAAGUAUGCCUGUUGAAAGAGAAAUUUGUACCUUUUUUUUUAAACACCAACUCUGAGGUGAGCAGUAUGUGCUGUGCAAUAUACUCAGAGAUUAGUGGUCUCAGUCAUCCAUACUGAUACUCCAUUUAAUAACCACUACAUUGUUUUGCAUUAAUGAAACUUGGAUAUUUGUGUUAAAGGGACUAAUUUUUUUAACACAACAGCCCAUUUUCUUUUUUGAAUAGUGAUGUCAUAUGUUGCUGUAGUUUUAUACAUGUUCUUGCCUAAAUGUGUAUAAAAUACGCUGAUAAACCAGAGUGCUACUUUUUAAAAAUAUUUCUGUGAUUUAUAAGAUACAUAUACUUUCUAUGUUGAUAUGAACUUGUGCACAAUGUUUAAAAGGAAAGCAUUAGAAGCCUUCCCCUGCCCCGGUCUGUGACCUGUUUCAUAUGGAAGUUUUAGAGAGAAACUCCAUGAAGUCUUGUCAAAUGGCCAUAUGAAGCAUGUGGUCGGUUUGCUUUCUUCUGCCUAAAAAGGGUCACCAAACGUAGGCUUAGUUAGGUAGCUUAAUUGUUUAGAAAAGAUAAUUACGACUCGGAGAUGAGUUGAGAUGGCCGGUACAUACAUCAUUCUUCGAACGUUCACAGUGGAGAGGUCCAGUCAGGGAGGAGGCUCAUCCGCCCUUGCCUGCCACACCAGGUCCAGUAACAGUCUUGCCUACUACUGCACUGAAAACUUAGUCAUGUUUGAUUCAAGCUUCUGUUUUCUCAGAGUCUGGGCAUAGCUGGUACUGCCCAGCCUUGGAUUGGGGGAACACUGUGAGUUCUGCAUUGGUACCUGCAUGCAGGAAGAACGGGCAUCUUUCUGCAGUCUUAGAUCACCCUGGUCAUGCUGAUGCUCACAGGACUGCGCUCAGCAGGUUCCUUGAGGGGAAGCUGUCUUGCAGGAGUCCAGCUUGUACUGCCCUCCAUGUGCUCCUCAUGUUAUAAGACUUGACUACAAAACUGCCUAGCUGUUCUUAUUGGAUUUUAAUCAGUGACUUAACUACUAGUAGCAAAAAAUUUUAUUCAUUCUGAAAGUUUCCAAUGAUGAAGAAUAAACUCCCUGAAACAUGAUUUGCUGUAUCAGUCAACAUUUGUAAGCUGAAUUUGCUUUUUAACUCCUCUUGCUCAUUGCCAGACCUACUAUAAAGUGUACUUUCUAAAGACAGAGGUACAAACCAUGUGCUACAUAUGAAUCCAAUAGCUUAAGCUAAUUGCUGUGACCCUUUAAAGCACAGCUAGCCCACAAACGUAAGUGCCUACACUUAGGACUCUUCAAUUUCAGCUCUUUUCAAUGACGUCUCACUGAAUGAGAUAAGAGAACAUGUGUUUCAUCUGAGUUUUGUGCCUGCGCAUUGUCAACCCAAAUUACCAAUGUAGUCAAGGAUGGAUCAGACUGCUCGGUUCACCUGCCAUUUUCUCCAAGGAACAGGUUCCAUGUGACGAUUAGUCCUCUACCUCAAAGCUCCGAGUCAUUCUGACUACCUGGAUCAGCUUCCCCUCUGUCCUCUGAGUCAUCUCCUGCGUGGGUUCAGUGUGUGUAGUCCCUUCACUCUUCCUGAUCCACGCUCCUCACAUUGCAUUCAGCCGUUUCUGUGCUAAUCUUGUCUGCAGGCAUGGGGCAGAGGGAAGGGAAAGGGCACGUCCUCUGUGUAGGUUUCCUUCACGUGGAAAAAAGAACACUUCCGGGCUACAAUGCCAGCCACCUAGCUGGCAGCAGCAUGCACGAUAAGUGUACCCUGUGUCACAGACACACGGGCUUCCCUUUGAUGAGCUCUCCCGCCAGCUGGGGCCAGGAGUGAGCAGAAAGGAAACCGCUAGCCAGAGGCAUUGGGAAGCCACACUUGACUUUGUGGAAGCAGUUUGGUUGAGGGCUGAGUAUAAGAUCAAAUGUAAACUAAAUUCCCAGAAGUUACAGAUGCCUUAAAGACUUUCUUGGGAAGACUGUCAGCCGUACAGUUCUUUUGUGUGGCAUAAAUAAUAACAACAGAUAGCAUUGGUUUUCUGUACCAUGGGAGCCUUGAGACUGCCUGACUUACUGACUUGCCUCUGGCAGAUGCGUAGGGUGGGCUGUUCUGUGACAUCCCUGUGGUUCCAAGGGCACGUUGGGCAGAAACGGUAGGCACAUAUCUGGGUAAUAAUUUGGCUUCCAGACCAUGGAGGGUGGCACCUAGUGUGAGAUGAUGGCCUCAUUUGGGACCAUGGUGUUUAUCAGCAUUAUUUCUUUGGAGUCUGUGUAAUGGAAUGUAUUUUUCAAAUAUGUACUGAUAUUUGCAUUUUCUGUAACAAUUCCUUAAUAAAAUGAGGUAAAGUUGUACAUUUAAAGUGGAAACUUUAAUAAGACAUUUGCAGUUACUUCUAAUGCAGAAGUACCAAUAAACAUUAAAACAACAAAA